AUGAAAUCUACUUCUGUGCAGUGUUUUCCCAGUGAGUUCAUCUGUUCCAUCUGCCAGGACUGUUUCACAGACCCUGUCACCAUUAACUGUGGGCACCGCUUUUGUACUCCCUGUCUCUGUCUCAUGUGGGAAGAUGCCCACACCCCUACUUGCUGCCCUGUGUGCAAGGCAAUAUCUCCAACAAUGGACUUCAAGAGCACUAUUUUGGCUAAGGAACAUAUUCUUCCUACCAGAAAAUCAGUUGUCUGCCAAUUACCUAGCUCUGCCAAGUGGAUGUGUCGGAAACACCAAGUGAUAAAGAACUACUUCUGUCAAACCAACAAGAGCCUGCUGUGUUUAUGCUGCUCUCAUUCCCCAGAACAUGCCACUCAUGUACACUAUCCAAUAAAGCAGGCUGCAGAGCACUGCAGGGAGAACCUUCUGAUUCAUAUGAAGUCUGUUUGGAAAAAGAAACAGGAAAAUCAGAGAAAUAUAAAAAAAGUGACCAGCAUAUUCAGAGUAUGGGAGGGUUUUGUAAAUCACCGGAUGAUGAUGAUAAGGGCAGAAUACCCGAAAGUAUGUCAAUAUCUCCAGGAAGAAAAGCGAAGGCAUUUAGAGAUCUUGGCAACUGAAGGCAAGAUUGUUUUUCAGCGACUCAGGGGGAAUGUAACCAGAAUGAUUCACAUGGGGAAACUCCUGAGAAGAAUAUACGGGGAGCUGAAGGAAAUGUGCCUUAAAGCAGAUGUGGAGAUGCUCCAGGAUGUAGGAGACAUAGUGAAAAGGAGUCAGUUAAUGCAGCAGCACGUGCCCCAACCUAUGGACCCACAGCUCAGUACUUGGAGCAUCCCCGGGAUGCUGGAAAGACUUAACAACUUCCAAGUGGAUGUUACUUUGGAUGAUAAAAUACAAAACUGUCACGUGGCUCUGAUUGAAGACAUGAGACGUUUGCGCUGCCGUCCUGACCAUGGAGACACGACCCGGAACCCAGCAAGUUCAGAGUAUACUCCUUCCUGGGGCGCUCAGACCUUCACCUCUGGCAAACAUUACUGGGAGGUGGAUGUGGGACUCUCUUGUAAUUGGAUUAUAGGUCUUUGCAAGGAAUCCUGGACCAGGAGGAAUGACAUGCUACUUAACUCAGAGGAUAUUUUUCUCCUUCUCUGUGUCAAAGUGGAUGACAAUUUCCAUCUCUUUUCUACUUCUCCGCUGCUACCCUACUAUAUUCAAAGACCCCAGGGCUGGAUAGGGGUGUUUUUAGAUUAUGAAUGUGGCAUAAUAAGCUUUAUUAAUGUUGCCAAAAGUUCCCUCAUUUGUAAUUUCCUCUCGUGCUCUUUCUCUUUCCCUCUCAGACCUUUCAUUUGGCGUGGACCCAAAUGAUCAGG